GUAUUUUGUUUUGUGGCAGCAUAUGCUAUUCAUUGAUUAUUUUGAAUUUUAUGGCGUGUGCUUUAAAGUGAAUUUUUAAAACUUUACAAGUAUUUCAUAAGUUUUGCAAUGGUUGUGUGCCGUUAUUAUUUACAGGGUAUUUGCCGUUUUGGUGAUAGAUGCCGUUACGAGCAUCCGGAACCUGAUAAUGCAUUUAAUAAAUAUGAAUAUCAGAAUAGACAAAGUUAUGAUACGCAAAAUCGGGCGAUGCCCCGACAGCAGAGAUCCAGUCGUUAUGAUCAGCAUUUUAACCAAACUCAAAAUUUUGAGUCAUUCAGUAGGUAUGGUCAAAAUCAGCACUAUAACUCACCUAAUAGAUACGAUACGAAUCAGCGUUAUAUCUCGCCAGACAGAUAUGUAGAAAGAUAUAGUUCACCUGCUUUUGUACAGAACGAAAGAUACGUUUCAUCGGACAAGUAUUCACACAAUAAUUAUAAUCAAAAUCGUCGGCAGGACACUGACAGAUAUGGAUUACAAAGCACGGAAACUUACAGGUCUUGGAACAAUCAGAAUUAUACAGCUGAUAAAACUAAUGAAGAAGUUCCUUAUAGAAGACGGAAUUUGUCUAAUGAUGGUUCAUAUAUUGCUGAACGUCAGAACAGCUAUCGAUGGGUUUCAGAUGACUAUAAGAAAAAGCUAGAGACUACAAGACAAGUUUCCUCUGAGGAAGAAAGUGCCUACCAGUAUUCAAGUACUCCGAAAAGUGGUGUUUCAUUUAGUUUUAAGGUUCCAGAUUCGGAACUGAAAAGAACUGUAAUAUCUGAAAAUGAUUCAGUCUAUGCAGAAAUGCUAAAAGAAGAUGCCACUGCCUGGGAAUUAGGAAAUUCAUGGCCAUUUAGCUGUUAUUUCCCAUUUCCAGAUAAACCAGGUUUUCCUGGCUUUACUGAUAUAUCUCCUGAAGAACUUAGAUAUGAGGCUUAUAAAGCAAAAGAAAAUAAUUCAUUUGAAUCAUAUGUACAAACUGUUGCAAAUGCCAUUCAUAAUAUUAAAUUAAAAAGAGAUGCAUUAAAAGUUCCUACAUUGCAGUUGUUUGAUGUCCUUAGGAAAAUAAAAAAAGGAGAAGACCUAUGUGCAGAUACUUCAAAUGCAUUUUCUUCUGUCUUAAAUAAUGCAAGUUCUACAGAAAGUAUGAUUGCAGAGAGUAUACCACCUGCAUCGAAUACCAGUGUUAUAUCUUCAUUUAGUUUUAAGUUACCUACAGAAGUGGAUUCAAGUUCUAAAAUGAGUGCUUCAAAUUUCAGUUUUAAAUUGCCUUCAGAUAUGUCUACCAUUCAUGUGUCAUCACCACAAGAAAUAGAAUCAACUAUUUAUACAUCUUUAGAAAGACUUACAGCUGAAGAAAAAGAGCAAUUUUCUGCAUCUACUUUUACAUUGGGAAAGAUUCCCACAAACCCUCCUCCUUAUACCAUGUGUGUAUGACUAUAUAUAUAUUUUCUGUAUAUUAUGUUUCUUAAGUUCAAAUCUUCAUUUGCAUUCAAAGGAAGGGGUGUAAUUUUAGAAGCAAAUGAAGUCAUAGUGAAAAAUGUAAGAAAAUAAAAGUAUAUACAUCUUUUAAAAAUUGAACAUUUAUCAGUCUCAAAAAUUAGAACUGAAAGAAAUCGGUAUGUACCAUGAUAGCAUAACUAGUCUUUCAUUAUGAACAGAUUAGUCUUUCAUUAUGAAGCAAAAUUAACUUAUUGUUUUAAGCAGCUAACAUGCAAAUAAGACUUGAUGAAUUAUACAUUGAGUUUGUUUUAGAAAAUAAAGAUUCCUUAUGACUUGCUAGGCUUGUUUUAUUACUUAAUUUGGAAGCAACCAGUUAUGUCAGGUUGGAAAAGAUCAUUGUUGUCGAAAUAAAUGUAUACAUGAAGGUUCCAUCCAUUUUGCAGAAAUGUUUUUAAUUAUUGUACAUGGUAGAACCCAAUCAUCUUGUUUUCCUUUAUUUAGGGAAAGGAAAAAAAAAAAAAAAAAAAAACUAUCCACAUUUUUCCCCCUGGGUUAUAUCAAAUAAAGUUUGUUGCCAAUUUGUUAACAUAUUUCACAUUUUUAUGGAUUAAAAUAUUUUACAUAAAGUC